AUGCAGUGUACUAUCUGCCACAGGCCAUCGACAGUGUGGUACUGCGCCCACUGCGUCAACACGUCGCCCAAGCUCAUUUUGCGAUAUAAACUAGAGCUGACGCAGAUAUGCGAAGAAGUAACCGAGAUGCGAGACAUUGUGACAUCGACAUUGGAAAAUGCAAUCAGCGAAAAGGAGGGCCUGCUGGGGAAACAUAUGGAGCGACUGCAGCACCUGCGACUGAAGCGGUACAAUGCCCGGCUUAGCCACCGUGCAAGGGAGCUGGAACAGCACCUGGACUCGAAGCUGAGCCGGCGCGACGGCCUGCGGCGCGCAUUGAAGCAGCUCUCGCCAGACGUUGCCGUCGUGCCGGCGGAAGACCCGGACGAGUACCGUGAGCUGCGGCACAAGUUGACGCUGCUGCAGAAUGUAGUAUCCAUGAAGAGCACCCAAAAGUUUGAGGAAUUGUGCCAGUGGUUCGUGUUCACCUGCAGCACGACGGAGGACGACCACUUUCCAUACAGUAUUCGCUUCAUCCCUGUGUGCAACAUCCGCAACUGGCGCUUGCUGAGCACGGCGCAGGAAUCGCUGCAGCACAUGUGCGAAUUUGUUAUAUACGCAAGCCGAGCGCUGCUCGUGGACAUCCCGUUCGGCAGCCACUCCGAGAAGCUGACCACUGAUCACAUCGCUGCGGUGUCUCACUUUACGGUCAACCUACUUACCAUUCUGAUCAAGCGCAAGCGUCUGCAGGAGCGCCCUGACGUUCCAGAUCUCCUUGGGCGCUACGAUAUCGAUGGCCUACUCUAUUUGCUGUGUUCCGGCGGGGAUGUGGAGAGCAUUACCGGCACAUGCCCGCCAACCUACAAAGUAGUACAUGAAUUUGUACGAACUGCCCUGGAAGAUGGUGAUCAAUCAGAAGAGAGAGGCCACUGGAUGGUCCUGGAGUAG